CCAGGCCCUGCGUUCAGGAGGUGCAUUAUUUAUAGCUCUUCCACCAGAGAAGGGGAGCCAGGAGGCCGGUGUGUGGCAGCUGCCAUCCCUGGCCAGCUGCAGGGAGAAGAUAGGGCUGCGACAGCGACACCGAGGACUUGGGUGCACAGAGUACAAAACGCCUAGACACGGGCAGCCUGACUGUAGCUGCAAGCCAGGCAGCAGCGUGUCACUUGCAUCAGUCUAAUUCUGGGAUUUCACCCUUGAAUGGUCGCUGAGGAGCCGGUGUCACCAUGACUGAGCGCUUUGACUGCCACCACUGCGGCGAGUCCCUCUUUGGCAAGAAGUAUGUGCUGCGGGAGGACAGCCCGCACUGCGUGGCCUGCUUCGAUGAGCUCUACGCCAACACCUGCGAGGAGUGUGGCAAGCGCAUCGGCUGCGACUGCAAGGACCUGUCUUACAAGGAGCGGCACUGGCACCAGGGCUGCUUCCGCUGCUCGCUGUGCCGCGGCACGCUGGAGGACAGGCCCUUCGCUGUCAAGGAGGAACAGCUGCUGUGCACCGACUGCUACUCCAAUGAGUACUCAUCCCGCUGCCAGGCGUGCAGGAAGACCAUCAUGCCAGGGACCCGAAAAAUGGAGUACAAGGGCAGCAGCUGGCACGAGACCUGCUUCGUGUGCCACCACUGCGAGCGGCCGAUCGGGACCCAGAGCUUCAUUCCCAAGGACAACGAGAACUUCUGUGUGCCCUGCUACGAGCAGCAGUAUGCGCCACGUUGCGUGCACUGCCAGAAGCCCAUCACAGCAGGUGGUGUCACCUACCGGGAGCAGCCCUGGCACCGUGAGUGCUUUGUGUGCACCGCCUGCAAGAAGCCACUGUCCGGCCAGCGCUUCACGGCCCAGGAUGACUCCCCCUACUGCCUGACCUGCUUCUGCGAGCUGUACGCCAAGAAGUGUGCGGGGUGCACGCACCCCAUCAGCGGACUCGGUGGCACGAAGUACAUCUCGUUCGAGGAGCGGCAGUGGCACAACGACUGCUUCAACUGCAAGAAGUGCUCGCUGUCCCUGGUGGGGCGGGGCUUCCUCACCGAGAGGGAUGACAUCCUGUGUCCCGACUGUGGGAAGGACAUCUGAGGCUCUGGCAAGGUGGCCGGGGCCUCGCGGGGGCCCCCAGCUGCCCCCAGUGAUCUCCACGCUGUGAAACCCGUCAGUCCUUCCUGCCGCGUAGUUCAGUUCCAGAAAGAGACGCGCAUAUGUAACCCUAGCAGAAAGUUUAGAAGUUUUGUAGUCGUGUAAGGCAAAUCCUGCGUAAAACCCCUCUGAAUGAUGUCUACACACACGCCUUCCCUUCACUGCCUCUGUAAGUGCAACGGACUGUGUCACACGCGAGUUUAUAAGGAAUAGUGGUUCUCUGCAGCUCUGUAACAUGAAGCCUAAUGCAAGGCUACGUGGCUCACAAUAAAGCGAUUUCGAGCAGA